AUGGGCACCAAGGGCAAGAUUAUUAAAUGCAAAGCAGCUGUUGCCUGGGAAGUAGGCAAGCCCCUUUGCAUUGAAGAGGUAGAGGUAGCUCCCCCCAAGGCUCACGAAGUUCGCAUUCAGAUCAUUGCCACUGCCCUGUGCCACACUGAUGCCCACAUUAUCAAUCCUAAAUUUAAGGAGGCUUUUUUCCCAGUGAUCCCUGGCCAUGAGGGUGCAGGAAUUGUGGAAAGUAUUGGGCCAGGAGUGACCAAUGUCAAACCAGGUGACAAAGUAAUUCCACUCUACACACCUCAAUGUAGAAAAUGCAAGUUCUGCCUGAGUCCACUUACAAAUAUUUGUGAAAAACUCAGUCAAGUUAAACAUCCUAUUGCUGAUCAAGAACUAAUGGAAGACCAAACCAGCAGAUUUACCUGCAAAGGAAAACCAAUUUACCAUUUCUUGGGAACCAGUACAUUCUCUCAGUACACUGUGGUGUCAGAUAUUAAUCUUGCCAAAAUAGAUGAUGAUGCAAAUUUAGAGAGAGUUUGUUUGAUUGGAUGUGGGUUUUCAACUGGCUAUGGCGCUGCAAUCAACACUGCCAAGGUCACCCCUGGUUCUACUUGUGCUAUUUUUGGACUAGGAGGUGUAGGUCUUUCUGCUGUGAUGGGUUGUAAGAUAGCAGGAGCUUCCAGAAUCAUAGCUAUUGACAUCAACAGUGAGAAAUUUACAAAGGCCAAAGCCCUGGGAGCCACUGACUGCCUCAAUCCUAGAGACUUAGAUAAACCCAUCCAGGAGGUCAUCAUUGAAUUGACCAGUGGAGGUGUGGAUUUUGCCCUUGACUGUGCAGGCGGACCUGAAGCCAUGAAAGCAACCCUGGACUGCACAACAGUAGGUUGGGGAUCAUGUACUUUCAUUGGAGUGGCCCCUGGUGACAACGGAUUGGAUAUUUUUCCAGAGACGCUAAUAAUGGGCCGUACUAUAAAUGGAUCAUACUUUGGUGGUUGGAAAAGUAUAGAUUCUGUCCCGAAGCUGGUUACUGACUACAAAAAUAAGAAAUUCGAUCUGGAUGCAUUGGUGACCCAUACCCUGCCUUUUGACAAAAUCAAUGAGGCAUUUGACCUAAUGAUCCAAGGAAAAAGCAUCCGAACAAUCCUGAUCUUUUGA